AGAGUGAAUAACAAGGAAGUGGAGUUCAACGCACAACCCGUUAUCAGGGUUAUCAUGGGUUCCCUUUUCAUUCUCCGAAUGUAACUGAAAAUGCUUAUAACGCUGUGUUACGUCUACCUCUGGGUGCGUUUUCAGAAGUUUUAUACGCCCGUCAUAUGCAGGACUGUACAAAGACUGUGCGGGAGCAGUAACCUCAGCAGUUUCACAUUUUGUGCUGUUAAGCCAGACAAGUGUCAAACGGAGGACCAAACAUCCAAGCAACGCGAGUCAACCUUACCAGAAGACACGCAGGUUUUCCUUAAGCUGGGAAACAAGGCUAUAUAUAUAACCGAACCACAGGCUUGUGAUGACCUCAGCAAGUGGACUCUCUUAAUAGGAUCUUCCCUGUUCUGUCGCCCAAGGAUAGAGAACAUUGCUUUCAUCAUAGAGGCCACAUCGCGACCUAAUGGGGGCCAGUCUCUUAAUUCAAAUAAAAAAGUGCUAAAGUGGUCUGAUUACUGCCAUCCGUUGGCCUGCAGCCCUGGGCUGCCCUUCAGGGCUGUAGCUGAGACGAGUGUGGAUAACUUUAGCCGCUUAGGGGUGGCGUUUAUGGAAGAUCGGCUUCAGAUGGAAAAUGGUCUUGUUCCAGAAAAAAUAGUCUCUGUUCUGCUUCAAGAAUCCACCCUCAGGGAACUUAUUGAGAAGAAACAAUCAUUGAACAGCAACCAGACUGAACAGAAAGUCCAGCUUCUUCCUUUAAAUCCUACCACUGCAAUAGUACUCUCAGGACCGUCACCAAGAGAGAAGGAAGCGGAAGGCAUCGCACAGGGCUCAGAACUGGCACGCAGAAAGAGUAGCGUGAACCUCUCUGUUGCUUCGGAGCUCACUGGUCAGAGGAGCAGUGAAGGGGAGUGUAGGGAUUCUCAUGGUAAGGGUCAAACCACAGGCCCUGUAACCGGACACCAUCACAUGGAAGGCCACCACCACCUCCACCUAUCCAGCUGCCAUGAGUGCCUGGAGCUGGAACACAGCACCAUCCUGUCUGUGAAGUAUGCUUCAAUAGAGAACAUUCCAGACCUCCCACAUGACUAUGACUAUGUGGACAGCGAUGAAGGCACAGAUGAAGUGGAGAGCUUUGCUGGCCAGAGCAAAAGGGUCAAUGUCAGUGGAAAGCCCCCUAAUGUUCUCGUUUAUACUGGGAGCUGUAUGGAAAGAUUUGACAUGAUCCACUGCCUUCUUACUGAAUGCAUAGACACUGACAGCUAUAUACUCUAUCCACUGAGGCCUCAGCAAGCCCUCAGCGAGCCGUGGCUGGAGAACACGUUGCUGUUAGUGCUAGCAGCAGAUGAAGCCCUCACCCCACAGCUUCAAGAGCGCUUUCUGGCGUACCUGGACAAGGGAGGGAAAAUUUUGGGUCUGUCCUCCACCUUUUCUCCAGCAGGCCUUAAUCUGGUGGUUAAGGAAACCCAAAGAAAUCAGAUCUGCAGGUUGGGUUUCACCAAAGCUGACAGCACAGAGUUAGAGCUGAGUGUGUUGGCCAGUGGGAGCGUGUAUGUGCGGGAGCCAGCGGACUGCGUGACUGGUGAGGUAGAGCUCUGGGGGGAGCUGCACGGAGAUGCCAAGGACAUGGUGAUUGUCAGAGUGACACAUGGAGCAUGUGGUGGGGAAGCUGUGUUGUGUCAGGUUCGUCUGGAGACCGCCCCAGAUUCACAGCACGUGCAGAGCCCGGGUGACUUUGACAUGCUCAAGAAGAGUAAUGCCCUUCGCUACGAGGUAAUAACAGAGAUCCUCACCUCACUGGGCCUGAGCUGCGAGCUGAGCCAGGUGCCACCGCCCAGCCCUGUGCAUGUCCUCUCCAUCUGCCCGGAGUUGAAAGGCCGCUUCUUAAAGUGGCUAGAAAGCCAGAUGGACAAGGAGGGCAUGCUGAGGUCCCCAAAGACCUGUCUGAAGCUGUUGUCAAGUGCAGAGCUCCAGACGGACUUGCCUGAGGGGGUGCUUGCCGUGCUCCCUGAACCCCCAGAGUUCUUGUCAGAGCAGUUCAACCUGCAGGCCUACAGCCACCACCUGCACACCCACACCCUUGGUCGUACCCUGCUCUAUACCGAGGUCACCCCUACUACCAUGGACCUGUUGGAGGGGUUGAUGCUUCAGUUACCAGAGGAAAUGGGGUUAAUCGCCAUAGCUCUUCGUCAGACAAAGGGCAGAGGUCGCGGAGGAAAUGCUUGGCUUAGCCCAUUGGGUUGUGCCAUGUUCACCCUGCAUGUGCGGAUUCCCAUCAGUUCGUUACUGGGUCAGAGGAUUCCCUUCCUGCAGCACCUGGCGGCUCUGGCUGUGGUGGAGGCCGUGUGCACUCUGCCGGGAUAUGAGGAAAUAGACUUGCGGGUCAAAUGGCCUAAUGACAUCUACUACAGUAACCUAAUGAAACUUGGUGGUGUUCUGGUGAAUUCAACAGUUAUGGGAUCCACCUUCCAUAUUCUCAUAGGCUGUGGCUUCAAUGUCAGUAACAGCAACCCAACAAUCUGCAUCAAUGACCUGGUGGUGCAGCAUAACCGGGAGCAUGGCUCAAACCUGGAGCCCCUGAGCCCAGCACACCUCAUUGCCUGCACAGUCACCCAGCUCGAAAAGCUCAUUGCAGAUUUUCAAGAGAAGGGCCCAUCAGCCGUGCUGUCCAUAUACUACAAAAGAUGGAUUCAUGGUGGGACUAAGGUGAAGUUGUGGAGUGAGGAUGGUCCAGAGGCGGAGGUGGUGGGGUUGGAUGACCACGGCUUUCUACAGGUGAAGGCAGACAAGGACGUGGUGUCUGUUCAGCCUGACGGGAACUCCUUCGACAUGUUAAGGAACUUGGUUGUCACUAAGCACAGCUAGGCACCAUUCUUGGUUUAGUUAUAGCCUGUCUAUCUGCAGAAGUACUGUACACUUUUUAGAUCUUACUUAAUUUUUUGCUGAAUUAUUGACUGAAGAAGUAUUUGCCUAUUCCAUCCCAGAUAUAAAUUUCCUCUGUCAUAACAUAAAAGUAUUAGGCAUUUCAUCCAUGUCAUUUUAAUUCACUAUGCAAAACAUAUAUAAUGUGCUAUGCUAACUUAACAACAUGGCAGCUAUAGUCACAGAUCUUGUUGGUACUCAUAUCUUUCAACACUACAACAAUGAUCAAGGUCUGUUCAGCACAAUUUCUCUUGAUUUGAAUUUCUCUGCUGAAUUGAUGUCUUGCAGGUGAACAGGAAUUUUCUUUUUUAACACUAUUAAAGUGAAAAAAAAGAUGUUGUGCCUUUUCAUUUUCACAUGCUGUUGUUUACAUUAUCUGUGCUAUAAAUGAUGUGUCAGUUAUCAUGGCCCUUCUUGGCCACUGCUAAGUGAGACAAUAUACAGCCUGAUUUUCUUUGAACAUAUAUAUGAAUGGCUGUACAAAAUGAGAUGCAGUAUUAGUAUACAGAAUUACUGGUGUAUAUGGCAAAGUAGGUAGACCAAUCAUCAGGGAACUGGAUGUCCAGGGGCAGUCAUGAAACCUGGAUUACUUGCUGAGCACUUAGAUUUUUCCCUUAUACUGACUUCUGACCUAUAUGUUCUGCUCUAAAAUUGACACAGACACAUUAUUUAUCAUAGCUGGCUCAGUUGGCUUUACUCAAAGUGAAUGCCACAACUCUGUCACUACUACUGACACAUGGCUUAGAAAUUAGAGAUGUGGGUGUUCUACCCCACAAUUCUACCAUACAUUUCUUAAGCCAUACUCUGCUAAUGUGCGACUGCCCUAAAGAUGGAAGACAAAAAUAUUUGGAAAAAGUCUAAUACACUUAAAUUCUCUGGUGCACAAACUUGUGCUUUUAAGGAAGCUGGGCAGAAACCGGUAACGGAAACAUUCAACUUCAUGAGGUGUUUUAGUUUGUCAUCUUACUUAACGCAGAUAGAAGAAAUAAAAAUCAACCCUGAGCCCAACAUGUUAUUGACACCGGAUUGAGCCUUACAGUAUAUUCUUGAAAAAGUAUAGUAGUACUGAUUUCAUGAACAUUAAAUUUGUGCUGAGAGGAAAAGCAAAAUCCCCUCUCUACCGCACAGACUUACAGAUGGAUCUGGUUUCUCCCUCUCCCACUGUAGUUUCAGAUCUAGACUAAUUUAUACUCAUUUUGGCACAGACAAUGCAUACACUUUGUGACAAUUAAAAGGUAAACAUGGGUUUGUAUGUCUUACAUUUAAAUAUAGGCAAAAAUGUCACAUCAAGCAUUUACUGUAAUUCUACAAAAUUAAAAAUGACCACACUUUUCUUAUAUUUUUACUGUUCUGCUACUUGGUCUUGUAUUAAUUAAUGUUUUGUAUGUGCUAAGGACAUGUUUCUUGAGAAAAAGUGAAAAUGACAACUUGAUGUUAAGGAAGUGCAGAUUACUCAUAAUUUGAUGUAUUAUUAUGUAUAAACUCUGCUUAAUAGUUUGUCAUGGCUUUUAUGAAACUUAAGGCAUGUUCACAGUGGUGUAAAGAGACACUUGGUUUGAUGAGGUUAAUGUGAUUUAGAAUAUAUCCUUUAGAAUAUCCUUGAUUAAACACAGUGGUCUUUUAUUUUGUGUCAUUAUCAAAUAAAACAUACAAACAA